CACUGUGGCAGCUCGACGAAAGCUGUUCUUUGAAAUGCUGUAAUGUUCAUGCAUGACAGAGUUAUAGCAAUGGUGUGACGUCGUUGUCACUUUCUUAUGAAUAUACGUCGAACUAGCUGAAAAUUCAUGAUCCAUUGACGAAAUGUGCUCCAAAUAAAAACACCGCGUCCAGCCAGCGGUGGGGUAAAACCACAGAGUACGGAUAAAUGCGCAUCAUACAUGCGCAGCGAAUACUCGGCGUCGAUAUUUCAUUUCUACCUCCCACUCCUGGGAUUGAUCGUCACUUGUCAAUCUCGAGGACUCGAGAUACACAUACGCUGUUUCACAACGGACCUCUGACAAGAGCGCUAAAUCACUGACGGUCACUCUUUGAAACAGAUUAUGCCUCACUUGAGACGCCGCGGGCGCCCUUGUGCAGAAAAUCUUUGACGUCACGGAGGCGGGGUGUCAUGACGUCACCAGGAGCGGCCCCGGAUGGUGGGUGGGGCUGGUUCGUCCUCCUUGCCGCCCACUCCACUCUGAUCUUCCGGGAAGGCAUCGCCAAGUGCCUGGGCGUCUUCCUGCCCACCUUCCGGGACGUCUUCGGCACGAGCACGUCCCUGAUUGGCUGGAUCAGCUCCCUGUGCGUGACCUUUGCUGAUUUCACAGGUCUAAUAAGUGGACCGCUCUGUCAGCGGUUCGGCUGCCGGCCUGUCGCCGUGGUGGGCGGGAUCUUUGCCAGCUCUGGGCUGAUCACUGCCGCCUUCUUCGCUCAGACGAUGUUGCAGUUGUCCUGGCUCCUGGCCGUUGCAGGAAUUGGAUUAGGGCUGGCCCUAACUCCCAGCCUAGUUAUGAUCAGCCGCUACUUCGACAAACGGUACAGCAUGGCCAACGGCCUGGCCUACUCCGGGUCCGGGGUGGGGAUUCUAACCCUGGCCCCUCUCUCGCAGGUGCUGAUCGACGCCUACGGGUGGCGUGGGGCGCUGUCCAUUAUAGGUGCUAUGUCCUUGCACGUGACUGCCUGUGGAGCCUUACUGAGACCGCUCCGCGGCUACGGCCGCGAGAAAAAGGACGUAGAGAAGCAGGCCGUCGGGCGUCGGUACCAGCGGCUCCCGUCCAACUUCGACGAGAACGGUAUCGAUUCUUGCAACGAUACCGACGACGACUCCAAUAACGCACCGGCACCGGCUCGGAUGGGGAUCUCAGAACCGGAAAAAGAGUGCAAGCGAUCCUGCUGCAGCUCCUGCUGCAGUACGUGCUGGCGGUCCAGCGAGGGCGUCCUAGGCCUGUCGCUGUUCACAGAGCCGCCGUUCGUGCUGCUGAUGAUCGUGCAGUUCUGCGGGCGGUUUACCUACAUGGGCUGGCUGAUCUACCUGAUCCCGCACGCCAUCGAGAAGGGCAUCUCGCCCAUCGAUGCCACCUUCCUGGCCUCGGUGGCGGGCGUGACGAACAUCAUCGCCCGGGCCAGUCACGGGGUGCUGGUGGACCGCAAGUGCCUGACAGCGACCCAGCUCCUGGCCAUGGCCGCCAUCUUGGCCUCGGUGUCCUUGCUGCUGGACCCCGUCCUGAACUCCUUCGAGACUCUCACAGCCGCCUCGCUGGCCUACGGUCUGGCCAGUGGCAUCUAUUUCCCCAUCUCGGUUGUGGUGGUCAAGGACGCGGUCCACCCUUCCAAAUUCGCCAAUGCCUUGGGGUGGUCGUACGGCUUCGCCGGAGUGGGACGAAUGCUGGCGGGUUUUUUAACAGGUUGGUUGUUCGACUAUUUUGGUAACUACGAUGUUUCUUUUAUUGUACUGGGAAGCAUCCAGCUAGUCGCCGUAUUUCUACUGCUCGUAAGCUGUGUGCUAGAAUACUGCCGCAAAUCACGCAAAGUAGGCCUAUAGCCGUCGACUGGGACACUAACAAUACGAUCGUCAGAGUGUGCAGUGAAAUUGCGUAUUCGGCCGUCAAUUCAAACUCAUCGCGCGCAUUGACUUUUAUCCUAAAGAGUUGUAAAGUGUCAUCUCGUACGUAAAGUGCCCUUACACUUCACAGUCUGUUAUGAUGGAUGCAGAACCCUGAAAGUGGAAGGAACUUUGCGAAGGUGGACUGACUGACAUUGACCGACCUCCACUCGCAAUCUAGACUUGGCUCAGGUCGGGUCCAGUGCCUCGACUUGUCCUGAAAUGCGACCGUUACAGAGUUCACGGUACUGAACAUUGGUGAUGCAAAACCAGCUAUACCAGCAUGCAGCUCGUGUAAUUAGCAAGAUGCAUGUCAAAAUUGUGUUUUUGUCCUGAUCUUAAAAAAACCCGUGAUUUUGAAAGAAAGAUGCAUGUCAAAAUUGUGUUUCUGUCCUGAUCUUUAAAAAAUGUGAUUUUGAAGGGUAAUCAAAGGGAUCUUGUCACAUGAAAUUAUGAAUGCAGGCUUUUACCACCUGGUCUCAUUAAUUAAUCAAUCAAUAUUAACAAAUAUUAACAGGUGCUGAUUAUUAACAAAACUAAUGUUAAAGGCUACAGCGCUUUGAUUGUAUUCAAUCACAGUGAAGAAAAACUAUGGAAGAUUCUUGAAACUGAAAUUAUUAAGGAUGUUUUAUUGUGUUAUAAAAAGGCAAAACUUUUUCUCAUCGCCUUUAACUUCUACAUAGAGGGUUAAAAUUUAAAAACCAUUGUGGGGAUAAGCUUCGUUUACGGCCGGACGAGACGCGGAAACAUUGAGCAGUGCAAUCCUUACCUUAACUGAAAUGAUGUCAUUUUAAACCUCAUAUUUUGGUGGGUUUUUAGCCGACUGUUUUCCAUCAGUUAAAAAGUAAAGUUUCGCCCAUUGUAAAUACACGUUCACGUAGACCGACAUUGCAGUUUCAGAGGGGUGCAUACCUAUGGUCCCCAAUACCUACCUAUGUUCCCCAAACCACAACCCUAAACCUAACCAUCUAACUGAAAGCCUGGCGCGCACUAGAGCUAUCUGCUUCGCCAAAUGUCCAUCGUGGCCGAUGCGUCAGCAGAUAGCUCCCGUGUGCGGUCAGUUUUACCAAAGAUUUUGGUCAUUCGUGACGCUGCGCCAAAUAUCUAACAUGUUUGAUAAUUCUAGUCUCUCGUGCCCAAAGUCACUUACUGUGUGCGGUGAACGAAAGCUAUCUGCUUUCGGCUUGUGUGUUGAGCGCAUGCGUGCUUCUGUCAUAUGACGUAAAAAGGCAAAAUGGCUGCGCCCAGUGAAUUUGUGGCGACUGCAAUCUUGGACGACAAAAACUGACCGCACACGGGAGCUAUAUCUGCUUACGCCAUCGGCCACGAAUGAAUUUUGGCGAAGUAGAUAGCUCUCGUGUGCGCCAGGCUUAACUCUAACCCUAACCCUAAGGAUUUUGGGGAACAUCGGGUAGACCACGUUUCAGAGCCCAGUGCAAUAAUUGCUUUCAGGUGCUCUUCCAGUGUUGAAACAUCUUAUAGGCCUAACACCACAAAAGAGAAGCUGGCGUGGUGCAUAACAUAUGUAGCGCGUUAUGUGACAGAGGGAACCCCCUCCCCCUCUUUUGUGUUGGUCAUUAAUAUUGUGCUACCAGAAUCUCAGUACAUGUAAUUCUUUUCAGAUAUCUAGGGGGAUUGUUAGAUAACAAUACUUUGGGGUAUGCAUAGGGUAUAGGUAGAUUGGGGGUGGGGUGACCCAAUGUCACAUAUCGUGCUGGGAAUAUUGCAUAAUGUUCAACAAAGAAAAUUACUGGAACGAUUUUGACUAGUCCUUUGAUGUUUUCUCCAAAUUUGUUAAUCUUAUUUAUUUUAGUGGCCGCUGUUCAGGGAUUUCACGAACCGUUCACGAACCUAUAUCAAUUAUUUAGCAAUGCUUCAAGCCUGGGCAAUGGUACACGGGGAUCACUCAGAGAGGAUAUGAAUUUUUGUAAAUUACAUAUCGAUUAAACCACAAAGAAAAAAACUGACAAGAGCGUCAGCUGCUCAGACCCCGUUGCCGUCAAUUGCUUUAUAAAACCUUCUAAAAAGCCAAUUCGGUAUUCUAACUGCGCCUGCGUAAAUAUAAUGGGUCAUAGGUCAUUCGAGUAAAAAAAAAAUCUCCAGAAGGACGAGCCAUAUUGGUUCUUUGUGGUACUUUUCUGCAAGUUGGCUUAGGUUUAAUGAAAUAUUCAACCAGUUUAAAGUUGGCAGCAACCUUUUGUAAUUAUUCUUCGUCAGACGUUAGUAUCCGUAAUGGCCUUUGACCUAAACUACUUCAUUACGAGGGAAUAAAAUAUGCUUAUUAUACUAAAACAAAUCCUGGGAAAUCAAACCGGGUCUAUACACAAAUUUGCAGGGCGAGUCAAAGAAAGUGACCGAAUUAGAUUAAAGAUAAAAACAUGUGGCUCGCUCCAUUUCAUAAAAAAACACCUACUUAAAGUAUACAUGUCAUUGACUAGUAACCGUGAAAAAGUCACGUAAUUUGCGUGGUUUAUUCCCAAGUUAAGUUUAUCUUAUAAUGAGGAUUACAACAUUCAGCUGUUCACCACUGAUCAUUUACCGUUCUACGAACUGAUGAAUACCCAUUAAAUACAAUUAAAAUAUCCUCUGUUCCCUCCUCGGUGAAUGUAGGAGAACUUGCAAAGGAAAACAUACCAACAUCGCCAUUAAUAUUUCAGAAAAUACAAAUGACUUGUUCCUCAUAUUCAAAACACAAACUCUGACAGUAAAAAUAAAGUUUAAGACUUGAUGUAAAUGAUACACAGGGAGACUCCCUAUUUCCACAUGCUCCCAAAGGUAUAUCUUACGACGCCAAAGGUAGUAUUUGUGGUUGUAAUCGUUAUCGUAAAUGAAAGGUGCAAGCCAACAAGGCUUCAGUAUUAAUGUGUGGAGUUCGAAUCCUACCUUUCAUGACAGUUAUAGUAAAUAAAUGCUGCAGAGGCCUACUGUGGAAAGAAAAAAUUAUGGUAUCACGAUGUCGCCAUUUCAUAAGCAUAUUUGUGGGAACUUGGACUCUAUGCUAUGAUCGGAGUUGGAGUAAAGUGUCACGUACGCAAUUAACGCAGAGACAACUGUGAAAUAUGUGCAACGAGCAAUUUCUACAAUCUUGUAAAAAUAAAAACACCGUAAGCUCCAUCUAAAAGCAAUUGAGUGUUUUAAAAUAUGCAAGUAUUCUUAAACGCAAUAAAUUUGCAAGUCUAACCAUGUCA